UCUUGAUUACAGUCGUCCAUGCUGGCCUUAGCCUCUCUCGGCGCCUCGGCGGUGGCCGCACGGACGGCCGUGCCGCCCGCCGCCUCGACCGCCAGGCCGCGCGCCGCGCCCGCCGCCAUGCAGAUGCCCGACGAGUCGUGGACGUGGGAGGACGAGUGCGGCAUCGAGCAAAUCGGACCCUCGCCCCGUCGCCUCGCUCAGGCGACUGCAUGGCCAACGGCAUCUCGCGCGAGGCGGCGGCGAUGCACUCGCACCUCCGCAAGGGCGGGCGCGGUGGGUCGCCAAUGCAGCCCGACUUUGGCCCACCGGGCGGGCACCACGCCGGCCGGCACUGGAGCGGCCACCAGCACCCGCCGCAAGGCGGCCGGCUCCGGCCCCUCGGCCGCGCGGCGCCGAGCCGCGACGGCGGUCGGCCCGGCGGCCGGUACGGCGGCGGCGGCGGGCCCCCGAUGGGGAUGCCGCGCGGGCCCCCGAUGGGGAUGCGCGGGCCUCCGAUGGGGAUGCCCAUGCGCCCCCGGUACGGCGGCCCGAUGAUGCCUGACGCCCCUCCGCCGCACCAGUGGGGCGGCCCCCCUGCCCACGGGGCUAGCCCCCCUGCCCACGGGGCUAGCCACGGGCUGCAGCCGCCUAUCUUUGGGUUUGAGCCGCUGCCCUUCGACGACGGCGCGCCUCCGCAACCGAGACCCGAGACGCCCGCCCACAGCCUCCGGGCAUCAAGGGGCGCUGGCGGUGGUAAGACGCGCCGCGGCGGGCACGAGCGGCCGACCGAGGCGAGCGGGGCCGGAGAGUCGAGUAGGUUGCGCGCGCAGCCAAUGUCUGGCGCGGCGCGAGCUUUGUGCGGCGCGAGUAGCUCGUGCGGCGGUGAGGAGUGCGGCGGUUGUGGGGUGGUGCGGCGUCGGCCCUCUGCAGGGCCUCGCGCCUCUCGAGGCGGUCAUGGCGGGGAGGCGAGGCGGGGAGGCGUAGCGGAUUGGGGAGGAGCAGGCGCAUGGGGAGGGAGGGCGCCGCGGCGACGCCGCGCUAGUAGGGAGCGCGAGGGGAGAGGCCGCGCAGGGGGAGGUCCACCCAGGGGAGGUUGUGCAUCGACCCUACUAGUAGCUAGCGGAGGGUGUGGAGUCCCGGUGCGCGAUGGCGGCGGACUGAGUUUUAUCAUGUAAAUUAUCUGAUACAUGUACG